UCUCGCCCGAGAGGCCGCGAAGCGCCCGCGCGCGGCUGAGCACGCCCUCAAGCCCGCCCCUUCCGGCCGGCUCGCGCGCGGUUGGGGGGCCGGGGGCGUGGCGGCGCCGAGAAAAUGGCGGCGCCCGGACAAAUGAUGUUCCCGGAGAAAUUGAGCCACAAAAAGUACAGGGCCGCCCUGAAGAAGGAGAAACGAAAGAAACGUCGGCAGGAACUCGCUCGACUGAGAGACUCAGGACUCUCACAGAAGGAGGAGGAGGCAGCAGCGGAUGCUUUUACUGAGGAACAACAACUAGAAGAAGAGAGGCUGUUGGAGGGAGAGAGGCAAAAAUUGCAUGAGGAGUGGUUGCUGCGGGAGCAGAAGGCACAAGAAGAAUUCAGAAUAAAGAAGGAAAAGGAGGAGGCAGCUAGAAGACGGCAGGAGGAACAAGAGAGAAAGUUAAAGGAAGAAUGGGAAGAACAGCAGAGAAAAGAGAGAGAAGAGGAGGAGCAGAAGCUGCAGGAGAAGAAAGAAAGAGAGGAAGCUGUGCAGAAGAUGCUGGAACAGGCUGAAAAUGAGUUGGAGAAUGGCACCACAUGGCAAAACCCAGAACCUCCCACAGAAUUAAGAAUAAUGGAGAAAGAUCGAGCUAAUUGUCCAUUCUACAGUAAAACGGGAGCUUGCAGAUUCGGAGAUAGGUGUUCACGUAAACACAAUUUCCCAACGUCGAGUCCCACUCUUCUUAUUAAAAGCAUGUUUACGACGUUUGGGAUGGAGCAGUGCAGACGAGACGACUAUGACCCCGACGCGAGCCUGGAGUACAGUGAAGAGGAGACCUACCAACAGUUCCUGGACUUCUAUGAAGACGUGCUCCCUGAGUUCAAGAACGUGGGAAAAGUGAUCCAGUUCAAGGUCAGCUGCAACUUGGAACCUCAUCUGAGAGGCAAUGUGUAUGUUCAGUAUCAAUCGGAAGAAGAAUGCCAAGCAGCCCUUUCUCUGUUUAAUGGACGAUGGUACGCAGGACGGCAGCUUCAGUGCGAAUUCUGCCCAGUGACCCGAUGGAAAAUGGCAAUUUGUGGUUUAUUUGAAAUCCAGCAGUGUCCAAGAGGAAAACACUGCAACUUUCUUCAUGUGUUCAGAAAUCCCAACAAUGAAUUUUGGGAAGCUAAUCGAGACAUCUACCUGUCUCCAGAUCGGACUGGCUCCUCCUUGGGUAAGAACUCGGAGAGGAGAGAGAGGAUGGGCCGCCACGACGAACACUACACUAGGCCGCGGAGGAGGAGGAGCCCCGGGCCGGGCCAUUCCUACCGGAGAAACGGGGAAUCCGAGAGGAAAAGGAGGAGUAGUCAUGGGGGGAAGAAAUCCCACAAACACAGGUCCAAAAGCCGGGAAAGGCACAGUUCUCGAAGCAGAGGAAGAAAAAGGGACCGCAGCCGGGGCCGGGGCAGCAGCAGCCGAAGCCGCCGGAGCCGCAGCCGCAGCCGCAGCCGCAGCCGCAGCCGCAGCCGCAGCCGCAGCCGCAGCCGGAGUUCCUCUAGGUCCAGGAGUUGUGGCGGGAGGUCAGGUAGUCGAGACAGAACUAUUCAGAGUCCCAAAUCCAAAUAAACUUACUAUAUUCCUCAGUGA